CUGGGGCUGCCCAUUGGCUGCCUCAAGCUCACACCCCGCCUGCCUCCCUAGCCUGUGGCUCCCCAGCAAUCCUCUGCCUCUCCAGCUGCUUCUAAACUCCGGAGCAAGCACCUCCUGCUGGGCCAUGUCGAGCUGCAACCAAAUUGCAGUGGCCCCUGCCAUGGACAUGCCUGAGGUCCUCAAGUCCCUGUUGGAGCACUCUUUGCCUUGGCCAGAGAAGAGGGCAGAUAAGGAAAAGGGGAAGGAAAAGCUGGAGGAAGAUGAGUCUGCUGCAGCCAGUACCAUGGCCGUCUCUGCCUCCCUCAUGCCACCCAUCUGGGACAAGACCAUCCCCUACGAUGGCGAGUCUUUCCAUCUAGAGUACAUGGACCUAGAUGAGUUCCUGCUGGAGAAUGGCAUCCCUGCCAGCCCCACCCACCUGGCCCAGAACCUGCUGCUGCCUGUGGCGGAGCUUGAAGGGAAGGAGUCUGCCAGCUCUUCCACAGCCUCUCCACCAUCCUCCUCUACUGCCGUCUUUCAGCCCUCGGAAACCGUGUCUAGCACAGAAUCGUCCUUGGAAAAGGACAGGGAGACUCCAAGUCCCAUUGACCCCAACUGUGUGGAGGUCGAUGUGAACUUCAACCCUGACCCUGCUGACCUGGUCCUCUCUAGUGUGCCAGGUGGGGAGCUUUUCAACCCUCGGAAGCACAAGUUUGCAGAGGAAGACCUGAAGCCCCAGCCUAUGAUCAAGAAAGCCAAGAAAGUCUUUGUCCCUGAUGAGCAGAAGGAUGAAAAGUACUGGACAAGACGUAAGAAGAACAAUGUGGCAGCCAAACGUUCCCGGGAUGCCAGGCGCCUGAAGGAGAACCAGAUCACCAUCCGGGCAGCCUUCCUGGAGAAGGAGAACACAGCCUUGCGGACGGAGGUUGCUGAGCUUCGCAAGGAGGUGGGCAAGUGCAAGACCAUCGUGUCCAAGUAUGAGACCAAGUACGGGCCCUUGUAACCUGUGCCCCUUGCCCCGCAGGGCACUGCCUGCACCUCAGACCUCUGCCUGGGGCUUCCUGGACCCCACACUCAUGUGGAGACUUGGGACUCUUCAUGGGCACAUGUGGCGUACCUGCUCUAGGAGCACUCACGUCUCAGCUUCAUUCUAACAUGGCCAGCACACGUGGUGACUUCCCCAGAGGACCAGGAUCCUCUCUGGUGGGGAACAUAAGUGAAUCUACGUAGACGGGUAAACGGCCCAAGUUUCUCUUCUUGGAUGUUCAAGCUGAAUUAGAAGGGGACCUCUGGAGUCCAGGUUUCUCUUUUUACAGAGUGCUCAGGCUUUCCUAGCCUUCCCCUCAGUCUCUAGUCUGGACUGACAAGGGCUGUCUACAGAAUGAGUCAUGAUUAUUGUCACCCUAAUGUCGUCUCAGGUAGCAGGUGCAUUUCCACUUGGGGUGUGUCUGUCAUGCACCUCACUCUCCCCCAAAAAAAAUCUUUGAGAGAAACAUUCAUUCCCAUCUGUCUCAGAGCCAGGACACAUUCAUACUCCUGUUAGUGUAUGCGGGGUGGUGGGCCACAGCACUGGGCUCUCUGCAUAGCCUGCAAUUGGGCUUGGGUUUGGGCCUUGUAGUAGAAAUGCGCCCAACCAUUCUUAGCUCCUACAUCCCUUUUAUCUUGUGGCUCUCAGGCCUGAAGCGGCCCUGGGAUCAGCUCCCUCUGCAUCUCACUUGCUGUGGAAGAGAAAUUUCCAGGAUGGCUGGUCUCUGAGAUCUAACUUCCAGCACCUAGGCAGGCCUUUGUGUCUCCAGGCCAUUCUGGAGGCUCCUGACUGACCUCUGGUUAUUUUCACCCAGUAACCCUUCUCAGAUCUUAGGUUUAAAAAGAAACCCCAUCACGUAGGAAUCUUGAGCCUCCUGGCCCCAGGGUACCACUUCUGCAUGGUGUUUAGGAAACUGGUCUCCACAGCCUCUUGUUGUGGGCAUCAGAGCAAGGAGCUGUCUUUGGGAAGCUCUGUGGGCUUUUUGCUGCGUCUCACUGAUGUGUACCAGACCAGAAUCCCUGAAGGCGGUAGAGGGCCUCCCACUUGACAGAUUAGAAUUCCUCCCUAUGCGUGUCAGCAGGGCGCCUCCUAGGAGUUGCACUUGCAGAAGUCACAGUACAGUUGUCAUGGGACAGCAGGCUCUGGAGACUUUUACACUGGCCUGUAGUCCCGCAGGAGUCGGGCUGCCCGCACAGGUCUGGCCGUGGGGUGGAGUGAUUCUUGAAGCUUUGGCUCCCUCUGCCUCAGAGCUGCACCUUUCUCUUCUGUUUGGCUUGUCCUCUUGCUCUGCCCAGAGGAUUGACAGAGGAAAUCGUGGAGCCCUCUGUUUAUGUGGGUCAGUUAGGGCGCCUCCAGGAGGGUGUGUUUAUUUGCUCAGGGCGGGCGGCCAGUGUGAAGGAGACAGAGGUAAUGAGGGUGCUUUAUCAUACUUAACACUGGCUUUCUUUUAAGUGGUGGCUUAGUUUGGGGCCCCAAUCUUUCAAGACUUUUCAUAAUGAUGUUAAGACCAGGGCAUACUGUCUACUGGCCAUGGACUGCAGCCAGGAGAUGCCCUGUCCCUCCUGGGACCUGCACAUCACCUCGCAGGGGAACUUGACAAAGGUCCCUGAGGCCAAGGCAGGUCUCCCUCCUACUAGGUCCCUGACUUUGACUUUGUGGUUCUAUAGGAACCAUGUGCACACUUGUCACUCUGUUGUACCCAGCAU